CGGGAGAGAGCGGGCCACGGCUUUGUUCUUCCCUCCCGACGGGAUCGCUUCCAUCCUCCCCCUCCCCCAGUCUGACCCCGCGCUUAACAUCCCUUCACCCCGUGUCCUCAGUGUCCCCCCCGCUCCCCCACCAGGAAUCCGCUACUCCCGCGUUAAGUCUGGGUGGCGCCGGCUCCCCACUCUCGCUGGCCACCGGGAGUCACCCCCGGGCGCCGGGCGGGCCUGCGAGGACCCCCGCGGGCCGGUCUUGUGGGCCUCCUUCCUCUCGCGCUCCCUCCUGACUCCUCCAGCGCGGGCUUCACGUGCUGUUUUCAGAAAGGGUACUGAGGUCGCUCCGGGGCAGCCAGGAAGUAAAGGAGCUCUAGUGGACCGAGCUUGAGCUUGGAAACCCGGGCGAGGGCUCUUUCUGUGGGGCCCCUGCGCGAGCUCGGGACACGCUAGCGCCGUCGAGCGAGCCUCCGGUUCGGCAGAAGGGAAACAGCACGCUGGGCCCGCUGAGCCAACUAGAGGAUUAUGGACGACUGGCCAGGCUACGACUUGAAUUUGUUCACAUACCCACAGCACUAUUACGGAGAUUUGGACUCUGUCCUCAUCCCUCACGGCAUUGUUGUGGACAGAAUUGAACGGCUGGCUAAGGAUAUUAUGAAAGACAUAGGAUACUGUGACAUUAUGGUCCUAUGUGUACUUAAAGGAGGCUACAAGUUCUGUGCAGAUCUGGUAGAACACCUUAAGAACAUCAGUCGAAAUUCCGAUAGAUUUGUCUCUAUGAAGGUUGAUUUCAUCAGACUAAAGAGUUACAGGAACGACCAGUCCAUGGGCGAGAUGCAGAUAAUUGGAGGUGAUGAACUCUCAACACUGGCUGGAAAGAAUGUCCUCAUUGUGGAGGAUGUUGUCGGAACCGGGAGAACCAUGAAAGCGUUGCUUGGUAGCAUAGAGAGAUACAAGCCCAAGAGGAUUAAGGUAGCCAGUUUGUUGGUGAAGAGAACACCUAGAAGUGAUGGCUUUAGACCUGACUCACAUAUGUGUGAUCAAUGAACACGGCAAAGAAAAGUAUCGAGUCUAAAGAAGUAAUUUUCAUCAUUGAAUCUACAGAUAACAUCCUACUUACGACUACACUCAGGAAGCCAGCAUGUAACGUUUGUCUCCCAGGCAUGUUCACUCAGCAGGAUGUAAAAGGAAAAAAAAAUUUAAUGAGCGAGCUUUCUUUUCUGAGAUUAUAACAUAACAUGAAGAGUCCCAAAGGUUCUUAAGGAAAAGAAAGCAAUUCUUUUAUUUGAUUUGUUCCAAAUUAAACACUCUGCCUUGCGACUCAAACUGCCUUCACACCCCUGAGAUACACCUUCUUUUGUUCUGAUAAAGUCGUUAUGCUUGAUUACUAUACCGCCACCUAGUUACUCAAAUAUUUUUCACUUAACUUUUUUUUUUAAUACUUUACUUUGGUAAUAUUUUGCAAUCUUAAAACCUGGAAGCCGUUUUAUUGAACCUCUGAGCCCAUGUACUGGAACUGCAAGUAGAUUCCCAUCCUAAUAAAGGAGGGAAAGGACAAUUUAAUAUAAAUUUCUGUUUGCGCACUUCUGACAGGCCAUUAUUAUCUGCUUUGACAAAGUCUUUCUGAACAGCAGCGUACAAUGAAUCUUAAUGAUGUUAUGAAAUGGGCCUUUGCCCAGUGCUCUUGAUUGGAGCUUCCGGUAUGUGAUAACGGUAUGUCAUGUAUGCUUGGAUGUACUCAACUGUGUUUAAUACUCUGAAUUUUAAUUAGAAAAAAUACAAUGGCAGCAAGGCCCUGGUUUCUAAGCGGCAUCCUUUUAUUCAUGCAGGACAUGAGAAACAGCAAAUCGGGGGUGGAGGGAGAAGUGUUUUCAGUGCUCAAAACUGAGCAAGCAUAAAUUUUUCAUGUAUUUCCAUCAGAGGGCAAGACACUAUUAUGUAUUAUCCUAAAGAAGAAUACAGAGGUUGAAUUAUUUUUUUAAGUGGCCUUAUGAGACUGAUCACACUACCCAACGUGCUAUAGAAAACUAGGAUACUUAGUUUUUUCUGAAUAACAGUUUUUUCCAUUUCCACUGUUUUAUGAGAGGUUUUCUAAUUUAUGGGGAUUUUAAUAGAAAAUAAACUUGAGUGCCAAUAGAGCUGUUUUUUCUCACUUCCUAAAAGGAGCAACUGCAAAAUAAAUAACUAAGCAGCCUUUGUUUGGUUCUGAACCGUAUGUGGUAUAUUGUUAUCGGGUUCCAGCUUCCUUUAAACUAAUAAAGAAUAAGAAAACUUGU